UCUAGGUUUGCCUUUCAUCCUCUCUUUUCGUCCUUGCUGCUCGGCUUCGUUGCUUUGCAGGAGGUGUAUAGAUUGCACGCGUCGCUUCUUCGGCUCCUUCCUGGCUAUUCGACUUCGCUCCUUCUACGACUUUCUCUCCUGUCCGAUCGGAAGUUACGACAUUUUGAUCAGAAGCAAGAACAGGAGCUCGUUAGCUGUGAAGGCUAAACUUUCUCCCUUUCGCGCGCUUAUUCGGCUAAAUCACGUUAAAUCCACCGAACCGAGGGAUUUAGUAAAUCCGGGAUUUAAACCGUAAAUUCCUAAAUUUGGGAUUUAUGAAAUCCCGGGAUUUAAAGCGCGCACAAAAACCGUUUGGCUGGAUUUAGCGUAAAUCCGACUUAAAUCCCAACAUAAUUCCGAUACCAAACAGCCCCUUAAUUUAGAAAAAUUUCGGAUUUUUCGAUGGCUCCGUUUAUACUGGCCACUAAAUCUGAGAAAUACCCUGGUGUUUCGUUAGGUUUUGCAGAUUCUUGCAAGAGUAAACUCUGCAUUUCCGUUUUGGAACAGAAAAAACCGUUUGCUUCAGUCACUAUGAGUGAAGAUAAGCCAUUUGAUUUCCUACGUGUACUGCGCGAUGGAAUAAUUGCUGGGGGAACUGCUGGAAUUGUUGUUGAAACAGUCCUAUAUCCGAUUGACACAAUAAAAACUCGAUUACAGGCAGCUCAUGGUGGAAGCAAAAUCCACUGGAAAGGCCUCUAUUCUGGGUUAGCUGGUAAUCUAGCUGGUGUCCUUCCAUCCUCGGCUGUUUUUAUUGGUAUAUAUGAACCUACCAAGCAGAAAUUGCUUAAACUGUUUCCUGAAAAUCUUAGUGCUUUUGCCCACCUGACUGCUGGAGCCAUUGGAGGUGCUGCAUCUUCUCUUAUUAGGGUGCCCACUGAGGUAGUUAAGCAAAGGAUGCAAACUAGGCAGUUCAAUUCAGCUUCUGAUGCUGUCAGGCUUAUCCUUGCUAAAGAAGGCUUUAGAGGCCUAUAUGCGGGAUAUAGUUCCUUUCUUUUGCGAGAUAUUCCCUUCGAUGCAAUUCAAUUCUGUAUCUAUGAGCAACUUCGAAUUGGAUAUAGAGUUGCAGCUAAGCGAGAGCUAAGUGACCCAGAGAUCGCUGUGAUUGGUGCCUUUGCUGGUGCCAUAACCGGAGCUAUAACUACCCCAUUAGAUGUGCUGAAAACUAGGUUGAUGACACAGGGUUCAAUAAAACAUUACGGCGGACUUCUUAGCUGCACCAAUACGAUUAUCAAGGAAGAGGGUCUAGCUGCUCUUUUCCAGGGUAUAGGCCCUAGAGUAUUGUGGAUUGGAAUCGGCGGUUCAAUCUUUUUUGGUGUUCUGGAGAAGACAAAGGCAUUGCUUGCGCAUCAAAAUUCCUCCAUAGAUAUAAAAUCUGAUUCUUUGAAGCAACAAUAAUUCAAAAAUUUUAGUCAUUCAGUUGCUGCUUGGAUCCGACAGUUCGCUUCUUUUCUUCCCGAUGAUGGUUAUCUUGAUAUCAGAGGUUUCUCUUGGCAAAUAUUAUGGCAUUUCAAGUUAUUGAUUCCAAAUUUUUAUUUUGUACUUUACUCUGUUAAGCGAGAUCAUCAGGUUUGUUUCAUUAUUCUGCAUUGGGAUUUAUAGGCUUGAGUUUGUUUAUGGCACAGUUAAAAUUUAGUUAUCAGUGGGCAUUUUUUAAGCAUGCUUUUUUCUGCUUGUUGUGGUUUGCGUGUAUGCUAAUAGUGCAGCUGGUCUGGUUUUUUGUUCGCUUAUAAAAUUAGUAGUGGAAGUUCAAGUUA